AUGAAAUGUCAAACACUAGUGUCAGGUGGUGCUAGUUUUAAAGGGAGUCAUUGUGUUAUUGUAUUUGUUAAAGCUGGUUAUGAAUCUAUCGUAUUGGACAAUGAAUCGACUGUUUAUGGUGUACCAACAUAUUUACUAGUUGAUGGCUGGCAUCCAUGUAUUGGUGAUCAUAUUACUAAUUCAUAUGUUGGUGCUGAUGAAUCUGGUUUAAUUGGUGAAGAUCCUGUUGUUGAUGAACAAAAAGAAAAGGUAAACAUAAAAGCUGAUCAAUUUGGUGGUAUUCCAGGUGUUACUGCUAUGAUUAUUUGUUUGCCACUAUCUUUAUUUUAUGUAUCAUAUUGCUUAACAGAAAGUCAUGGUGGUACAUUACAAAGUCCAUUUACUAUUUCAUUUUAUCAAUAUAUUAUUGAUAUCCAUGUACAAUUGGUUACAGUUCAUUAUCAUAUAAUACCUAUAUUAAUUUGUUAUAUAUUAUUCCAAGUUGUAUUAGCUGUUAAAUUACCGGGUCGUAUUAUAUUAGGUACUCCAGUUGGUGUUAAUAAAGAUGGUAGUGUUAAACGUUUAGAUUAUAAAUUAAAUGGUUUCAUUGCAUAUUUAUUAACAUUAACUGUUUAUUUUAUACUAUGUUAUCAUUGUCAUAUUUUAUCACCAACAUUUUUAGCUGAUAAUUUUACAUCACUUUUAGUAACAUCUAAUAUAUUAUCAUUUAUUAUUGCUAUUGGUAUAUCUAUUUUAUCCUAUUAUCAAAAUAGUUAUCAAUCAAUUAGUUGCAAUAUGAUAUACGAUUUUUGGAUGGGUUAUAUUCGAAAUCCUCGAUGUCUUAAUUUUGAUUUUAAAUUUUUUUUCGAAGGACGUCCUGGUUUAAUGUUAUGGGUUUUAUUUAAUAUUUCAUUUAUAGAAAAACAAAUACAAAAUUUUGAUGGUAAUUAUUCAUUAUCUAUUCUAAUAAUUACAGCUUUUCAAACAUUAUUUGUGACUGAUUAUUAUUAUUUUGAAGAAGCUAUACUAACAACCUGGGAUAUAAUGGAAGAAAAUUAUGAUACAUCAUGUGUUUGGGGUCUAGGAUGCUAUAAUUAUGUGCUUCAAGUAUUGUUUGGUAUUUACCGUUGUAAUACACCAAAAUAUAUAGAAACAAAACGUGGACCAAAAUUAUUGUAUUCAGGUUGUUGGGGUAUUGCAAGACGUAUGAAUUUAACAGGUGAUAUAUUGCAAAGUAUUGGCUGGUGUUUAUUGUGUUCAUUUAAUCACUUCAUACCGUAUACAUACAUUAUUUACCUAAUAUUAUGUUUUAUACACCGCGAAAGACGAGAUAAUGAAGUUUGUAAAAGAAAAUUCGGAUCAGAUUGGAAAAGAUAUACAAAUAUUGUACAAUGGCGUUUAUUUCCAAACAUUUAUUAA